CAGAUGACAUGGCGCCAACAAGGUGACAACAUGGCAGCAGCACAUGUGGCAUGCAUGGAAGACUAGUAGCAUAGAGAUGCUCCUAGGAUUCUCCACCAUAAUGUAGAGCUUUAUAGUGCACUUAUGAGUCACAUAAUGGUGACAUUGAUAGAGUGCAUAAUGGGGGGACUUAAUGGGGUGUAUUGAUGUAGUAGAGGGACUUUAUGAGGGGCAUUGAUGCCUUGUAUGUGGAGAGGCCUAUAUAAGGAGCCAUCUCCCUCAUUUGUACUCAUUCCAUCAUUUUUGAGAGUAAUACACACUAGAGAGUUCUCCCAUUCCCUUUGUCUUUGUUCUUGUUCUUUGCUUUCAAGUGAGUUGAGAGAAAGGCUGCCUAGCGCUCUAACGGAAUUGAGAGCUAGGGCCGCACGAUCGAGAGUAAGGUCGUGACAAGUGGUAUCAGAGCCUGGUUCGGCUUUGUGCUAGCAAAGUUGAACCUAGAGCCAGAAGGAAAGGAAGAACCUCACCAAAAAUGACGGGAUCAGAAGUCCACGACGAUGAGAAGCACCGUGGAAGGGAUACCGUGAAGAAUCCCAAACCAAAGGGUGACAAGUCAAGCACUCGUGAUCCUAUGACGUCUCUAGAGAGGCGUGUCUCUAGAAUGGAGGUGAAGUUGGCGGAAGACAUCAGUGCCAUCGAGGAUUUGGGAGCAAACUUCACCCAAGUCGAAAGCGAUUUUCAAGGUAUGAAUGCUCGUUUGUCGAGCUUGGAGAUUGGUAAUGAUGGCUUACGAGAAGAGCUUGUGGCCCUCAUCAACAACACCAUCACCACAUCCUUGAACAACGCCAUUGGAGUAGUGAAAGAGCAAGUCCAGGCUGAGCUGGUCGGCGUGAAGGAGGAGAUUGCAGAUCUCAAAAGUGAGGUCACUCUCGUGAAGAGAGCCAUGGCUAGCGGACCAGCCACGGUGCAAUCCGUCCCACGUGCUGAUAUUCCAAGACCGAAGAGCUUCGGAGGUUCACGGAAUGCGAGGGAGUUAGAGAACUUCCUUUGGAGUCUUGAGCAGUACUUCAAGGCGUCCGGCAUCCAAGAGGAUGAGGUAAAGAUUCGUACCGCUCCACUUUACUUGGUUGAUGUUGCCAUGGUGUGGUGGAGGCGACGUGAAGCGGACGUCGAAAGAGGUACUUGUGUGAUGGUAACGUGGGAAGAUUUCAAGAGAGAAAUCAAGAGGCAGUUCUACCCAGAGAACGUGGAGUUUGAAGCCCGUUCGAAGUUGAGAAGACUCACCCAGAGGGGUGGAGUUCGAGAAUACGUGAAAGAAUUCUCGGAGCUGCUUCUAGAGAUCCCGGACAUCACGGACAAGGAGGCCAUGCACGGCUUUCUUGAUGGGCUGCAACCAUGGGCCAAGAUGGAGAUGCAACGUCGAGGAGUGCAAGACCUUGCAACUGCCAUGGCCACGGCGGAGUCUUUUGUCGAGUACAAACGACAAGAGAGCAGCGGCAGAGAGAAGAGUUCGAAGCCCAACAAAGGUGGAGAACAGCAGAAGCCUUUCAAGGAGGGUUCUCGCACUCAACAACACCAAGGUGGUUCGAGCAAAGGGGGUAAGUACGAGCCAAAACCCAUGACUUGCUUCCUUUGCGAUGGACCACAUCGAGUGCGAGAUUGCCCAAGGAAGGCGAGAUUAGCAGCCAUGGAAGCUCAAGAUGAGGAGCCCAAGGCGGCGGAGGCCAAGAUUGGCUCAAUCCGCAAGCUUGGCGCGGCAAAGACCGACGUCAAGGAGAGCAAGCGGGGGAGGUGCUAUGUUCUGGCGCAAUUCAUGCAAGGCAAGUCAAAAGCCUUGGUGGAUACCGGUGCCACGGACAACUUUCUUCGCGUCGAGGAGGCAAACCGGCUGGGUAUUGCCUACGAGAAGGGGCAAGGGAGGCUCAAGACGAUCAAUUCGGAGUCCAUCCCGAUUCAUGGAGUGGCGCACAACGUACCAAUAAAGCUUGGCAAGUGGGAAGGCCUCAUCGACUUUUCCGUCGUCACCAUGGACGAUCACCCAGUCAUCCUCGGCAUCCACUUCCUCGACAAGGAGGGAGUGCUUUUGAAGCCCAACUCCAACACGAUGUGCUUGGAGAAGGAAGGGGAGUUCCAUACUGUUCAUCUCUUGAGAGAAGAUGGUCCCCAUAGUGCUCUAUCGGCCAUGCAAGUGGUGAAGGGGUUCAAGAAGAAUGAACCAACCUUUCUUGUGUCCUUGAAGACGGAGGAAGAAGGAGGCUCAACAGGAAUCACAACUCCCAUCAUCGAAGGUGUCCUCGAAGAGUUCGAUGAUGUGAUGCCAUCGGAGUUGCCCAAGAAGCUGCCACCAAGAAGAGAGGUGGACCACAAGAUCGAGUUGGAGCCAGGAGCGAAGCCCCCUUCGCGAGCACCAUACCGCAUGUCGCAACCGGAGUUAGAAGAAUUGCGGAGGCAACUCAAGGACUUGGUGGACGCAGGCUACAUGCGGCCAUCGAAGUCACCUUUUGGAGCACCGGUGCUGUUCCAAAAGAAGAAGGAAGGGUCGUUGCGGAUGUGCAUCGACUAUAGAGCCAUCAACAAGUUGACGGUGAAGAACAAGUGGCCGAUUCCCAACAUUGCCGACUUGUUCGACCAGCUUGGAGAUGCGAUGUGGUUCACCAAGCUAGAUCUUCGCUCGGGCUACUAUCAAGUGCGGAUAGCAGAGGGCGACGAGCCAAAGACGGCUUGUGUGACGAGGUAUGGCUCUUACGAGUUUCUUGUGAUGCCAUUCGGUCUCACCAACGCACCAGCCACGUUUUGCACUUUGAUGAAUCAAGUGUUCGAGCCAUUCUUGGACCAGUUUGUCGUGGUCUACUUGGAUGACAUCGUCGUGUAUAGCAAAACACUCGAUGAGCAUGCCGAGCAUCUACGCCAAGUCUUCCAAGUCCUUCGCAACAACGAGUUGUACGUCAAGAGGGAGAAGUGCACAUUUGCCGCCACGGAGGUUCCAUUCUUGGGGCACGUCAUUGGUGGAGGCAAGUUGAAGAUGGAUGGAGCGAAGGUGCAGGCAAUCCAAGAAUGGGAGCCGCCGACGAAGGUGCUAGAGUUGCGGUCAUUCCUCGGCCUUGCCAACUACUAUCGGAGGUUUAUCAAGGGCUACUCCAACAUUGCAGCACCCUUGACGGAUCUCUUGAAGAAGAACAAGGCGUGGGAUUGGUCGGAAAGGUGCCAAGAAGCGUUCGAGGCCUUGAAAGCAGCGGUGAUGAAGGAGCCCGUGCUCGUGCUCCCCAACCCGACGUUGGCCUACGAAGUGCAGACCGAUGCGUCCGACUUCGCGAUUGGAGGAGUGUUGAUGCAAGAUGGGCAUCCCAUUGCCUUCGAGAGUCGGAAGCUCAGCGAGACGGAGAGGCGAUACACCGUUCAAGAGAAGGAGAUGACGGCCGUGGUGCAUUGCUUGCGCACAUGGAGGCACUACUUGUUGGGGUCAAAGUUCGUAGUGAAGACGAAGAACGUGGCAACGAGCUACUUUCUGACGCAGAAGAAGCUCACCCCUAAGCAAGCGAGGUGGCAAGACUUUUUGGCCGAGUUCGACUUCGUUAUGGAGUACAAUCCAGGCAAGGCGAAUUCCGUUGCCGAUGCUCUUAGCCGCAAGAGUGCAGCCGCAAGCAUCACCCAGCCCACGUUUCCUUUGAAGGAGCGGAUCGUUGAAGGCCUUGGCCAUGACCCCUUCGCCAAAACCGUAGCGGAGUACAUUGAGCAAGGUAAAACUCGGCGGUUUUGGAUGAAGGAUGGGCUCAUCAUGACCAAGGGAGAGCGGAUGUUCGUGCCAAGAUGGGCCAACUUGAGGAAGGAGAUCAUGAAGGAGUGCCAUGAUUCCAAGUGGGCGGGCCAUCCCGGCAUCGAGAGAACGCAAGCGCUCAUCGAAGAAGCAUAUUUUUGGCCGCGUAUGAGAGACGACGUGGAGAUGUAUGUGAAGACUUGUCUUGUGUGCCAACAAGACAAGAUGGAGCAGAGAAGCCCGGCAGGCUUGCUAGAGCCCUUGCCCACGCCUCAACGACCAUGGGAGAGUGUGAGCAUGGACUUCAUCAUCGGACUUCCCAAAGUCGAUGGAUGCGGUUGCAUCAUGGUUGUGGUGGACAGAUUCUCGAAGUAUGGAGUGUUCAUUCCUGGGCCAAAAGACUUAACGGCGGAGGAUGCGGCACGGCUAUUCUUCAAGAACGUGGUCAAGUAUUGGGGCAUUCCUAGCAGCAUCGUGAGCGACAGAGAUGGGCGCUUCACGGGCAGAUUUUGGCGAGAGUUGUUCAAGAUCAUGGGCUCAAACUUGAACUUCUCGACGACAUUCCAUCCUCAAAGCGACGGACAGACGGAGCGGGUGAAUGCCUUGUUGGAAGUGUACUUACGGCACUACGUGAGUGCAAACCAACGAGAUUGGGUGAAGUUGAUGGACACGGCGCAGUUUUCCUACAACUUACACCGCAGCGAGUCGACCAACACGAGUCCAUUUGAGUUGGCGACGGGGCAACAACCUUUGACACCUACGACGGUGGCAACGGGGUAUAGAGGCAACAGUCCGGCGGCCUACAAGUUCGCUAAAGGUUGGCACGAGAAGAUGGAGAUGGCCAAGUCUUACUUAGCCCGCGCUAGUAAGAAGAUGAAGAAAUGGGCGGACAAGAAGCGGCGGCACUUGGAGUUUGAAGAGGGAGACAUGGUGAUGGUCAAGUUCUACCCUCAUCGCUUCAAGCAUCUCAAGAACGUGCACAAGGGACUGCUUCGCCGCUACGAAGGGCCAUUCCCCAUCGUGAAGAGGAUUGGCAAUGUGGUAUACAAGGUAGAGCUGCCGACGCACUUGGAGAUCCAUCCGGUCUUUCAUGUGAGCCAACUCAAACCUUACCACGAAGACAAGGAGGACGAGCAGCGAAGGGAGCCGCAGCGUGCACCAACACUCGUCACCAAGACACACGACCAUGAAGUCGAAGAAAUCAUGGCGCGUCGUGUCAUUCCUCGUCGCGGCGUACAUCCAAGCUUUGUGGAGUACUUAGUCAAGUGGCGCAACCUUCCGGAGAGCGAAGCAACAUGGGAGAAAGAGCUCACGCUUUGGAAGAACAAGGACUUGAUCGAGGCAUUCCAUCAAGAGGACGCGACGAGGGCGUCGCGAGCAUAGGUGGGGGAGGAUGUCACAUGUGGCAGAUGACAUGGCGCCAACAAGGUGACAACAUGGCAGCAGCACAUGUGGCAUGCAUGGAAGACUAGUAGCAUAGAGAUGCUCCUAGGAUUCUCCACCAUAAUGUAGAGCUUUAUAGUGCACUUAUGAGUCACAUAAUGGUGACAUUGAUAGAGUGCAUAAUGGGGGGACUUAAUGGGGUGUAUUGAUGUAGUAGAGGGACUUUAUGAGGGGCAUUGAUGCCUUGUAUGUGGAGAGGCCUAUAUAAGGAGCCAUCUCCCUCAUUUGUACUCAUUCCAUCAUUUUUGAGAGUAAUACACACUAGAGAGUUCUCCCAUUCCCUUUGUCUUUGUUCUUGUUCUUUGCUUUCAAGUGAGUUGAGAGAAAGGCUGCCUAGCGCUCUAACGGAAUUGAGAGCUAGGGCCGCACGAUCGAGAGUAAGGUCGUGACAAAACAAAGGAAGAGUUUGAAAUGAUUUUGCCUAUGAGAUGGAUACUCACAUCCAACUCACUAGUUUAUUUCGAUGAUGAAUGGAGGUGGGAUGACCCCAAAGAUGCACCAAAAUGCAGUGACCAUAGUGAGAAUAAUUUGCCUCCAAUACUUGAAGCAUUGAUUUGAAAUAGAGAAUCCUUUGCACUCAAAUGAGAAUGUAUAUAUAGAGUCAAGGGCUGACUAAAGUAAAUGAGAAUGUAUAUCGUUUGGAUGGAUCAAUUGUAAAACGAGACAAUUUGACCAAUUGUUUCAUUUUACAAAACGAGUUAUUUAAAACGAGUCAGUUCAGAUUACCUGCCACCACCCCAGAUAAUUGUAAUUGACUCAAAAUGAGUCAAUUCCUCAGCCACAUUGCUUCAUCCAUAUUUUCUGCUGCCAAACGGAUCAAUCUGACACAAUUGUCUCAAAAUGAGACAAUUGUGUCAGAUUGAUCCAUUGGAAUUCCUCAUCCAAACGACCCAGGGUUAAGGGCUAACUGAAGUAAUGGUUGGGGCACUAAAAAAACAUUUCAACGGUGUAGUUGAUAAUAAGGUUGUUCUGGUUAACCACGAUAGAUUUAUCACUUUUUUUUUACAAAAAAUAAUAAUAUAUUGAUUGAAAAAAGAUAGUUACAUCCUCGAAUUCAAUCAAGCAUGAAAAUCAAAGAAACGACUCAUAGUCGGGUACAAAGACUGAGCCUUUCUAGUCACCACAUGAGCUACCCCUAUUGCUACUCCGACCUACAAAUCGCAUACUGAACCCCACGUUCAAAACAAAAAUCUGCACAAUCUCUUCCAGAAUAGUCCCCACUUGAAUUAGGUUUAUCACAUUGUCAAUCGAACUACUCACAAAUUAAAUUAAAUUUUCCACUUCUAGUUUUUGAAAAUAUCGAUGGUUAGUUUUGUAGAGUUUUAUCUAGUUUCAUGAUAAAUAACUUGAUCAUAGACAUUGGAAACUUUAGAUGCAUAUAGUAGAGAUGGCAACGGUUCAGGUCCGGGGUAGAUAGUGUAUAUCUGUUACCCUAUUCUAGGGCAGCAAACGAGCCGAGUCAUGUCGAGUUUUUUCUUAGCUUGAGCUCGGCUCGUUUACAAAAAUUUUAGUUCGAGCCAAAUUUUGAUAAUCCAGCUCGAACUCGACUCGGUAGAGCUCGAUAAAUGCUCAUUAACACA